AUGGACGCAUCCCCGCCCAGCGCGGCUCAGCCGGCCCAGCCCGAAGCAGCCGAAGCACCAAAGCCCUUGCUCUGUCAGAUCUGCAAGCUCGAGAUGCCGGCGGAUGCGGCUGGCCGCCAUAAGGUUAAGACGUUCACAUGCCGCUGCUGCCUGUCGCUGCAGACGACGCUCUACAGGAACGUCGGGCAGACCCCGGUGCAGGGCAUGAGUCUAGAAGAUCGCGCCACGUUCUUCCAGAAGUGCAAGGAGGCUCCUCUCGCUGGCCGCUAUACCUGGCAGACUGUGCGCAGCAAUCUCUUGUCGCGCCUCGUGAGCCAGCACAUAACGGAGCAGGAGCACGCCGUGGAGGCAGAGCGCCUGCCGUUGUCGGUCUGGCUGGCCCGCGGCUGGGAGCGGCCGGCAGUGGAGUCGUGCCCGUUUGAAGACCACGAUAAGCUAGGGCGGCUAUACGCCGUGCCGAUCCGCAAGGACGUUUUUCGCGAGCUUCACCGCAAGGCAGAGGAAAAGAUCUGCGAGCUCGAGAAGGCUCUGCGGGAGAAAAAAAAUCAGAAGCGCAAGUCGGCGGCGCUGGACUCCGGGCUUGACCAGGACGACGGGCCCGCCGUCGAACUGGACGUGGCUGUCGAGUCGUUGGCCACGGGUCGCCCUGCGAAAGAGGCCAAGUCAGGCGACAAGCCCGAGGCAGUCGCCAAGCGCACGCAGAAGGCAGUGGAAGCUGAGAAGGCCAAGGCCGACAAAAAGAAUCAGGUCAAGGUGGACUUGGCCGCCAAGGCCCUGAGCAUCGUCACUCCCUUCUGCAAAGCCGUGCCGACCGUGCUGAAGCAGCUUCCAUGUGUCGAAAAGGACGGCACGGCGGAAGCGGACGUCUCGGAGGAUGAGGCCGAGGCUCUCCGGCGCGCAGAGUCGGAAGCCUCCGCUUGGCAGAAGGCCUGCGCCGAGCUCUUGGCGUUGCGGGAAGCCACCCGGGGCGCGGGCGUACCGCUCGCGGACUUGCCGUUCGUUCUCGCGGACCUGAAGGUCCGGAAGGCGGCAUGGGGCGAGUUGUUGAAGAGCGCUCGUCGCCGCAUCAAGGAACAGCGUCGCAACAAAGAGCAGGCGCCGUCUUCGCCUCCCGCGCCAAAGGGCAGGGCCAGGAGGGCCCGGGCUGCCCGCAAGUGA